AUGCGCGAACCCGCCACUCCUAUUGAUGACUCGUCGCGAGAGUCUCUCUCUGAUUCGACGGGCACGCUGCUCGAAGAUGAUUUGGCCGACCCAGGAAUCGCCCGAUCAUCCGAGAUUCUCGGGGACAGCGGAUCCUGCGCGGGGUCCGUCAGCCCCUCGAACAUCGAUAUAACCACUGUUCCGAACAGCACACAUGGUACACCGUCUAUCUUCGAAUCAAUCGAAACUGUCCCUGCUAAUGGACCAUCCGAUCCCUUGACCGCCGAUCUAAUGAGCACUGCUGUCGAAGAUCCAUCGCGUGGUACUAGUACACAUCAUCCACCGCGUAUGUCAAGCAUCAAGCGUCAGGCUCCACCGCCUGCGGGCGACACCUUUGCUGGCAUGCGGGUCCCGUCCAGUGUUUCAUCAAUCCAAAGGAGUGUCAGAUUCGGUGGAAGCAACGAGGUCAGAGAGUUUGAUGGUUCGGAGAUCAGAGCGACAUCCACGAAGUGUGCUUCAGUUUCAAUGAAGGAAUACGACGGGGUUUCAGGGUUGAAGGGGCGGGAUGACAGUGAACAUCUUCAGCAAAAUUUAUCUGCGAAGAAAUGUGACAACUCCAAGGCACUUGAGGAGAGUGCCAAAAGCGAAGACCAAGGAUCCACUCUCGAAGCCGUCUGGACCCAGCUCCAAGCCGUUUGGAGCAAGGGCAACAGAGAAGAAUUUAGAUUCAUCUGGUCUCAUCUCGUAGAAUGGGAAGUUUAUGAACGUUGGGAGCAGGAGCCGGCAGACGAUAGUACAAGCCUAGAUCGAAGGAAAUAUGCAGCGAUGCUGAUGGUCGAAAUCGAUUCGACCACUCGGAAUCACGUCGAGCGGGUGUUCAGAUAUAACUUGACACUGACUACAAGACAGUUAAGAGAACUGAGCGAGGCGUACGACUCGUUUUCGGAAGCCACGCAACAGCUGAAGCCUUCACUUGGUGAAUUUCCACUGGAACAACCCACGGCCGCGAAAGUGCUGGAAUGCCAUAAUUACCUCUAUGGGGAUUUUCAAAAGCUUUUCAAAGAACUCAAGCAGGAAGACAAUCUUAGGGGUUUGCAGGAGCUGAGGUUACGUGAUGGAAGAUGA